GACAAGAAUUGUCAUGAUGAUAAGCUAGUCUUAUAAUUGUCUAAUGGCGCUGUUUUCUCGUUUUUUUCCAGGUGAGUAUGGAGACAAGAAUUGCAGAACACAUCCAGACUCUAGAGAAGGAAAGUUGAACUCGAGCAAGUGCACGAAUGACUACAAUGAUGGAAGAAGAAAUGAUGAUUGUGAACUCUUCACAAAUUGCAAUAGAUGCAUUUGAUUUUCAAACAACAGUAGUCAUGAUGCACUCAUUCUCCUCUUGAAUUAUCAUCCGAGUGAACGAGUUUCUAGUGUUUACUUUAAAAAACAGUAAACCGAACACUCCAGUUCGCUGGGGGUAAGGUUAUCUUGUUUGGUCUCGAAUUCGAAACCCGCUAAGCACUUAGGGACAGAAGAGAGAUCUUGUUCAUGAUUCGUCCUAAAAAACAUUAUUCGGACAAUGAUAGAUAUGACAGAAGUACUGAAGUACACCCACCCACUCCUCACCCACAAGCUCCACAGUGACAUGUACUCUUAGAUAAAAAAAUUGCCAGUAAAUCAGUAACAUAGAGAGGGGAAUUUAGUGGCCUGGGAGCGGUGUCGCCGAGAACUUAAUUGUAGCUGUGCUUUGUUCUAUACGGCAGAGGAGGGCGUGGGCGUCCAUCUCAUGGUUGAAGGCCUUUUCGCAGGCUACGUACGACGGCGGCAAGUCACCGCUCAUCAAGCUUCAUGCAGACAGUAAGAAGAAAAGAACAUGUUCAAGCUCAUUCCAAGGGAGCUCUCAAUCUCUAGAUCAUUCCUUCUGCAGGCAUUCAACAGGAAAUUCUCUAUCCUGUCAGAGAGGAAGCUUGAAGGUAAGGUAGCCUUGAUUACUGGAGCCGCAUCUGGUAUUGGGAAAGUAACUGCAACCAAAUUCAUCAGCAAUGGCGCUAAAGUCAUCAUUGCAGACAUCCAAGAGCAGUUGGGCAGAGAUACCGCCACGGAGCUCGGAGAAAACGCUGCCUUCAUCGCCUGUGACGUCUCCAAAGAAUCUGACAUCUCCUGCGCUGUUGAUUUCGCAGUGUCUUGCCAUGGUAAACUCGACAUCAUGUACAACAAUGCUGGCAUUCCGUGCCGGACCCCUUUUAGCAUUGUUGACUUGGACAUGGCGGAGUUUGACCGUGUGCUGUCAAUCAACGUUCGCAGCGUGGUGGCGGGGAUCAAGCACGCUGCCCGUGUGAUGAUCCCACGCCGUUCGGGCUCCAUAUUGUGCACGGCCAGCGUGACAGGGGUAAUGGGAGGAUUAGCGCAACACACAUAUAGCAUAUCCAAGUCCUCUGUCAUUGGAAUAAUGAAAUCUGCCACAGCUGAACUAUGCAAACACGGGAUUCGGGUGAACUGCAUUUCGCCCUACGCCAUUCCAACAGCCUUUUCCAUACCAGAAAUGAAGGAAUACUUCCCCGACAUCGAUGACCGGGUGCUUGCCGGGAUGCUACACAAGUCAGGGGUGCUGGAAGGAGCUCAUUGUGAACCUAGUGACAUCGCCCACGCCGCCGUUUAUUUGGCCUCCGACGAUGCCAAAUAUGUCAGCGGGCAGAAUCUGGUGGUUGAUGGUGGUUUUACAUCAAUCAAAACUUUGAACCUCCCCAUGCCUGAUCAGAUUCAAUAAGCUGCAUGGUGAUCCGAAGAUGUAUAUUAAGAGGGGGAUUUCACUAACACAUACCAUCUUCAAUUACAAGAAUCAUGCCUUUAUAUCACGUCAGAAUAUACAAGAGUAAAUUACUCUUGUUCUUAUUUCAGUUAGAUUAGAAAUGAAUCAAGUCUCCAACUGCAGUCCCUAAAGUGCGAUUUGGAAUUUGAAAAUCAAUUGGAUUUAUGACCUACUUUUGAAUGUGUAGACUUUAUAAUCAAUAUUAAACGGAAUAAUCACUUUUGAUAUUGAAUGGGGG